CCCGUCGCGCGCCGUUGACGCCAUCAGCCCGCGGCCGCGCGGCGGGCGGAGGCCGGAGCAUGGCGGCGCCCUCGGCCCCGCGGCCGCCGCGGCCCCGCAAGGAGCCGCAGCCGCUCGUCAUCCCGCGCAGCGCCGCGGAGGAGCAGCGCCUCCGCCUCGAGCGGCUCAUGAGGAACCCGGAAAAGACUGUACCAAUUCCUGAAAAACUGAAUGAAUGGGCCCCACGACCUCCCCCGGAGUUUGUUAGAGAUGUCAUGGGUUCCAGUGCUGGAGCUGGCAGUGGGGAGUUUCAUGUGUACCGGCAUCUUCGUCGGCGAGAGUACCAGAGGCAAGAUUUCAUGGAUGCCAUGGCUGAGAAGCAAAAACUAGAUGAGGAAUUCCAGAAGAAACUGGAGAGGAAUAAGAUGAUUGCAGAAGAGCAAACAGCAAAACGCAGAAGGAAGCGUCAGAAGUUAAAAGAGAAGAAACUGCAAGCUAAGAAAAAUAAACUUGAGCAAAAGAAGCAAGAAAAAGAAUCUGAUCAAUCUCAAGAGCGAGCAAGCAGCGAGGAUGAUGAAGAGGACAGCAAGGAGGAGGAAGAGAAGGAAGAUGAUGCUGAAGAGCCAAGUUUUGUAAUGGGAAGAGGAUGAGGCCUUUCAGGGACAGCUGGAAACAGUGUUCAUUGCUUUAUAUUCAGGAGCAUGAAAGCCUUUCAUCUCAGCCAAGCAGAACCCACUGGCGUAUGUUAUAUCUGCUUAAUGGUGGGUGACCUUCACAGCACCAGUCCAAGAGCUAUUGAUAGAGAAAUGCCAAAUAAGAUUUUUUUCUUAACUGCUUGUAUAACUGCUGUGCAGUCUGCUCUAAGUUUGCUCUAAAGAGUCAGCCAUAAGUCUCUGUGACCCUAGAGUUCUUUCUAACAUGGCCCAGAGUGUUUUUUCUGUCUGAAAGCUAAAACAUACCUGUUACCAUUUAAGGAAAAUACUACUGUGAGGGCUACAUAUUCUACUUAUGUCAAAGUUGAUGGCAAUGGGAUACCUGAAUCUAAGGAAAGUAUUUAGCCUAAAGUAGAAAAGUGGUCUGUAGCCAGACUUCCCUGCACUGUGAGUGUUCUGAAUUUGGGGUUUUAUAUGGGGUCAUCUCUAACCCAAAGAAAUCAGUUUAUGUUGCUAGACAAGUUCUAUACAUUUUUAAGCAGGAUCCCUUUUUUAUUGCUAAAACUUUCCCUAUUACUUUUCUUCCGUGUUUUUUUAAAUGAAUAAAGGGGAUGUAUUGGA